AUGUUCAAUGCUACUGGAUGUACGGUGGAACAGUUCAUCGAUUCCUCCGGGAACACCAGGCGUUACAUUAAGUGUUCCACCAAUCGCGAGCUCGUAGUAGAAGUACUACGGACAUUCGAUUUUCAUUACCAAAAGAAGCUGUCGUCUGUUGUGGUAUCUGUUAAGUCUCCCGAUGCUGACAAAAGUACUUUGUUUGCUUUCGUCAAGGGUGCCUACGAAAACGUUGCGGCAUGCUCAGAUGAGACUUCUGUGGAUCUCAACUCUUUGGCUGAUCAACAGGCUGAAUCCGGAGCUUACGUCUUGGGUUUGGGAUACAAGAUUUUAGGCGAGGACAUCAGCUCGAUUAGGCGUGAUAAUGUCGAAUCGAAACUCACUCUAGGCGGUCUACUGCUUUUCAACAACUCUGUUAGAGCAGAGAGCGCAACUGUGGUUGCCAAACUGCAAGAGGCAAAGGUACGUCCAGUGAUUCUAACCGGUGACAAUAUCCCGGCAUCGCAAUUUGUGGCAAAGGCGGUUGGUAUGUUUGGCGAAAACGGCCAUGCUGGUCCAUACGCCGAAAUUGUGGACGGUAACCUUGUUUGGCAUUUCCCUCAAAACCAUAUCGACGAAGAAACGCUAUAUUUCGGUUUACAGUGCGAUAAUCUCGCCGUAACGGGUGACGCGUUCGACCAGAUUGAGGAUGAAUGGGAAAACAUCUUGCGUAUGUAUGGUAGAUGCACUACUAACAAGACUGCAAACGAAACUCUCUUCGAACAAUUUUUGUUACGAGUGCGCAUUUUCGCAAGGCUCAAUCCGCACCAAAAGGUUCGGGUGAUCAAUGCCUUCAAAAGGCUGGGUAUAAUCACUGGUAUGUGCGGCGACGGAACGAAUGACUGUUUGGCACUGCAAGCGUCUCACGCCGGCGUCUCAUUAACUAAUGCAUACCAGGGAGUCUGGAUUAUAACCGCAAAGUUCAUGCCGCCAAAUGGUGGAUAUUGUGAGUUUUAUAAAGGUGUACACCCAUUGUUAUUCAGAUCUGACAACUUCGAGGCGCCUACGGUGUGCCUCUGGCUCUGUUAUCAGGUAGUGAACGCUGCGCUGGUAUUCAGUUUUGGGGGAACAUUCAGGGAAUCUGUGCUAAGAAACACCUACUUCACACUAGGCACAGGUCUACGUAUAGAUAUGGUUGAUGAUAUCGAGACGCAAGAGAUGGCGGAUAUUGUUAUAGGUACACCUUUAAAGCUUCACCAUAAGUUCCAUGUCUACAAUCUUAAUUUCAAGGUCGAUGUGUUCAAGAAUGUCGCCUUUCUCGUGAUAGACGAGGCAGACCAGUUGGUGGAGCAGACUAACGAGUGUGAUUUGCGUCGGAUUUUAUCUCUUACCAACAAUAGGGUGAAAACUGUAUUGGCUGCUGCGACCGUAUCUACGGCGGGUCGGCUCAGCACAGAAAAUACCAUCACACGUUUGUUCCGAAACGUGACGGUUGUUAGCACCGAGAAAUUUCACACUGUGCCAACACAUAUAGAGUCCGAGUUUGUCUACUGCGUGGACCGCGAGAGGAAACUCGAAGUGUUGUUGGAUGUUAUCAGGCAGUUGCAGCCGCGGCAACGCACCCUCAUAUUUUGUAACUCUGUUAGCUCAUCGGCGAGACUCCUGAUGGAUCUCAAGGCAAGGAACCCCCGCCUGGAUGUAGGCCCGGUAAACCGUGAUAUCGACAUAGGGACACAAUUAUCGGUGUUAGACCCGGAGGGAGGAAAUAAAUAUAUAGUAUGCACAGAUACGCUUGCGCGCGGUAUUGACAUCGGCGAUGUGUCACUCGUGGUCCAGUUCGAUUUUCCUAAAAACGUUUUGGACUACAUACACCGGUCCGGUAGAGCUGGUCGCAACAUGCAGCAGUGCAAGACCGUACUUCUCUGGACGGACGAAGACCGUGAUUUUUAUACACUGCUGAACGAACACCGUGAUAACUUGCCGGCCUUGUUUAGCCGCAAGCGUGGUUUGAGGAAGAAGCUGAAGCGUGGAUUGUCCAUAGGGGAAGUUACCCAAGGCUGUGCAGAUGCUGCCACGGACGAAUUGCCAUGA